AUGUCUCAGGAACAAUCGUCCUUCCAAGAUGGUCGAGAGUUCAAAUUUGAUAAAUUACUAGAUACUUCUUCUGAAGAAGAAGAAGAACAAGAAGAAGAACAAGAAAAAGAAAACAUUGAAUCUGAUACCAUCCCAGUGAAUACUUCAGAACACUCGGAAAUAAAAUCACAAAAAAUAUCUGAAGAAAAUGAUCACAUAAUUUUAUCAUUGGUAUGGAAGAAAAAUGGUUUUGGAGCUGCGUACUACAAUCUAUCGACAUUUCAACUGUUCGUGAUGGAAGAUGUCAUGGAAGACGAUUUUAGUUAUCAGGUAACAAAAUCAUUGUACCGUCAAUGUAAUCCAAUGUGUGUGAUAAUUUUAAGCGGAGCUCCGGAGUCUUUUACAACAUCAGUAAAAAAAUUGGUCGCUGGAGACCUGACUGCUCAAAACGAAGAGUCUUUUCCGUCGACAUCAACAGGCAUCAACCGGGUCUGCCAGCCAUCUUUGAAAAUCCUGUCAAAAAACGAAAAUGCCUUUGACAAUUGUUACCACCGAGUCCGUUGUCUGAAGCUAGACUGCGAGCCUGAAGAUGCCAGUAAUGCAGACCGCGUUAUAUUCCUCAACUCCCUGUUGAAUUUCAAAUCCCUUGCCAUGAUCCAUGCUCUGGGCUUGCUUCUGAAAUACUUGGACGAAAGCUGGAACAAAUUGUCCCUGACUCCAUCGGGUCAGGCCCGUUAUGUCAAUAUUAAUUAUGUCAUGCUCCAAGAUUUAGUUAUGAUUGAAGAUGAUACUUACAAUUCUCUCAACAUUAUGCAAUCUAGGUUCAACAGUAGUUUUCAAUUUGGAAAGAAUCAGAAUCAAAGAACUGAUCUAUUUACUUUUUUAAAUCGUUGUCAAUCACGUCCCGGGUCUCAUCACCUCUGGAAAAUUAUGAAGCACCCGACGAGAAACAUUAAAAUUCUUCAAGAACGAACGCAAGCGAUUGAAUUUUUCCUGAAUGUAGACAACCAACAUGUAGUUCAUAAUUUAAAAUCAUGCUUGAGCCACGUUCACCGUCUUACCCCGACUGUGCUGGUUAAAUAUUCAACCGCACAAGCCAACCCAUCUGAUUGGGGAAGAUUUGCCACUACCCUGGUUAAUUUAUUAACAAUCGGCCAACUAUGCCAACAAUAUCGAGACUCAGUGUCGAUAUUCGCUAAAAUAGCAGACUCCAUAACACCCGGGAUUCACAAUUGCCAUUAUUUCAUCGAAUAUAUAAUUGACUUUGAGAUGAGCAAGCAGCAAAGAAAAUUUAUCGUUAAAAGAAAUGUUGAUCCUGAACUUGACCAAUUAAAUGAUUUAAGACAGACUCUACCUAGUCGUUUGACGGAUAAAGCGGCUGAAGAAUUGGAAAAUCUGCCGCCGUACGUCGAGAAAUGCAUAAUGGUUUACAUUCCUGACAUUCAGCACUGCUUAGCAAUCACUGAAUGGAACGGACCUCCUCCUGAUGAUGAAAUGAUUCCUGGUCUAGAGUUUAAGUUUUCUCUUAACAAUAUUCGGUAUUACAAAAGCAACGGAGCUAGAGAAUUAGAUGAAACAAUAGGUGACGUAUUGCUAAAGAUAACAAGAAGACAGAGUCAAAUAAUGCUACGACUCGUUAAUUACGUAAAAACAUACAUUGGUCCAGUCCUUAAUGCAGUUGAAUAUUGCGCAGAAUUAGACGUACUUUUAUCUUUUGCAUCGGUAGCGUCAUCUCACAAUUAUGUAAAGCCAGAAAUAGUAAAGUCCCACGUACUGAGCAUAAAAAAAGGACGUCAUCCUCUAAGUGAACUGAACAAAGAUUUCAUAGCUAACGACACGCAAUCUGGAGGCGGAAGUAGCUUGGUUAAAAUAUUUACUGGACCGAAUGCUUGUGGAAAAACUGUCUACUUGAAACAAGUUGCGCUUAUCGUCUACAUGGCACAUAUCGGAUGUUACGUGCCUGCAGAGUCAGCCAAAAUAGGCGUUGUUACUCAUAUUUUGACCCAGAUGCCCACGAUGGAGAGUAUCGCUCAGAAUGCAAGCGCGUUUCUCAUAGACCUCCGUCAGAUGAACAAUAUUUUGUACUCUUCCACGCCUAAUUCUUUGAUUCUGAUGGACGAGCUCGGCAAAGGAACUUCUGAAAUAGACUCGCUGGCAUUGCUCACUAGUAUUUUGAAAAAUUUUAUCCAAAGAGGAAAUUAUUGUCCACAUAUUCUUUGCGCUACUCAUGUUCAUCGUGUCAUUGAACUUUUACCUAAGACACCUAUUCUUGAAGCAAUGACUUUUGAUUAUCAACUUGACGAAAAUAAUACGGUAGUAUUUCUUUACGAACUAAUAUCCGGUAAUGUAACUUGUAGUUUUGCUCAUGCAACAGCAAUUAGUGCUGGUCUUGCAGAAAACAUUGUUCUGGAUGCAAUUAAAACUUUCAAGAGCAUAAAACAAAAUAAAUUACCACCUUGUUGUCCUGAAGAAGAUCGUUCAAAUGUAGUUAAGCACAUUGCUGAGCUGGCCAAUGAACAAAAAUUCAAAAUUGAUAUGCAAGAAUUCAAGCAAUGGAUUUUGCAAGCCAUCAAACGCCGAUAAAUCUCAAAAGAAAAUACUUUUUUAAUAUUUUUAUCAUUAUGUAAUACACUGUCAAUAAAGAAGACAAUUAAUAAAUAUAAUGUAAACAGAAGAAAAUUCAAA